GAAUUCGGCUAACUCCGGUACAUAUUGAAUCUGAGUGUUUUACUCCCCAACAAUCUCGUCCACACUGUGUGGCCUCUGUUUCACUGAGAUCAUCGAUUCACCAAUGCUCAAUUCAAACCGAAAGCAGCGGCCUUCAUUUCUGAGGCCCCUUACCCCGAUAUCGCCACUGGGCACAUCCAGGGCGGAAAACAUAUCCAGUGGUCAGAAAGAGAACGUCUUGAUGGGGCCUACAUCUCGCGGCUCCUUGCCGUCCUCUGUGUACGGCGUCCGACCACGAUCCAAGAGUGUGACGGGUAAUCAAACGCACGCAACAUCUUUUUCUGCACCAAGUGCGAAGAUCACCCGUAAUGGAGCAUCUAGUUUGGGUGCAACACCGUCCGGCUCUGCGAGAUCCAGCCGCCAUUCGUCAUUUGCCGCAGAAUCCACCAGACGACCGUCAAGUGUUCGCGAUCCGACGUCAUCUCGGAGAGGAAGCCUUUGGUCUGAAUUUGGUGAUGACGCCGUCUCCGGGGGUCGGGAACUUACAGAGGAAGAAAAGGCUCUCGAGGCUCAAAAAUCGUUUGCGAGCUCAGCAAAAACAUUGUGGGAAAGUGGAGUGGAUAGACUUGUCGUUGAGGCAUGGUCUUCAUUUGGGCAAGGCUGGAAGUCUGGCGACAUUGUCGGGCUCAUAUCCGUUGAUCGCUUCAAUCUGCCUCGCGUGGAACGAGCUCGUAUCAUCGUCCUCAUAGAUGACUUGGAAUUACAAUUACAGGACCUCGCCACUACGAGUCUUAGUUUACCUGGGGCCAUCGCUUUUCUCCGGGAUCCCUCGUGGGUGAAUUCUGCAGGUUUAAUCGAUGCAUUGCUCGCAUCCCCCAAUCACGUCUACAGCCUUCUCAAGGUUCUGGAUUCGGCUGCAAGGCUCUGGCUCCGAGCCGCUCCAUCCAUCGUCGACCAAUUCAGCACACCACGAAACAUCGAAGACACACUUGAUCACUCGCUAAACCUGUGCGCUUUUCUUACUGGCUCUUCGACCGAUCUACGAAGGGCCUUCGUGGCAUCCUUAUCUCUCCUCAAAGAGUUUUCUGCGCUUCUUGACAGAGCGAGCAGAGCCGCCAUCAGUAUCAACUCUAACGCUCCCCACGAUGUUGCGGCGUUCACUCCAAGUUUCCAUGCGAGCUCGUCUUCAGUCUAUCUUCCGCACUAUGUACUGGGACAAUUGGAUGAAUUUACUGCUUACAUCAAGUCCCUCCUAUCGCAGCCCAAGACCUCUAACUCAAUCGAAGUUUUCCAAGCCGAACUCGGAUCCUUAUGGAGUGCUUUGAUUGGAAACGCCCGCGUGGCUCGUGUUGCUCGGGGCCUGGAGCGCAUAUGGGAAAACAAGUCGACCACGCUUCGUGAAAAAGCAGUUGCGAUGCUUGCUGCUGCAGAUGGUGCUCUAAAAUGGGAAAUUGACUCCGUCACAAGCGAAACUGAUGAUUUCAAGUUCACCUUCGGGUCCUUGAAGCCCCAUCUUUCGGAGCUCGUGCCCCGGGAAGUAGCAUUCACUUACGCCCCCAUAGGCAUCAAUGCGCGUCAUCAAUCACCGUCCAGCGUCGUAUUGCGUGGAUUACGCCUCGCUAUCAGCGAUGCUACUUACGAAAUUACCAAGCAUGGCUUGCUUGGCUUCGCAGAUUCCGGUAUCGCAUCCAUUGUCGUCCCAUUCGAACUCGAGAUUUGCUUUACGGGGGAUAAUCAAAAUCGGCCCAAGAUAAAGCUCAACUUUUACGAGAAACAAGAAGUCACCCUCCAUUCUGGUGGAAAUCCGAUCCAGGUACAUUGACGAAGGUGUGGAAUUCUUGGCUCAGCGCCAUCGUCAAGUCCAAGAUAUCCGAAGCCAUUGAAGAGAGACUAAUCAAUGGAUUCGAGGAAUGGAUCGCUCCUUUAUACUCUGAGAUCCCAUUUGUCGCCGCCGCGGUUCCUUCCAC